UAAAAUAUAAAAUUAAAUGAGUUUCCCUGAUUACAUAGAUCAACUUAAUUAUGAUUCAAAUUCCAGCGAUUUAUAAUUUUAAUAAGAUGAGUUACCUAACAAAAAAUAAAGCAAUUCUAAUAAGAAUAAAAAGCAACGGCCUAAUACAAAGAAUACUUAUAUAAAUAAAAUAUCUUCCCUGAUUAAAAUAGCCAAUUAAGAAUAAUCAGAUGAAAAGUAAAAUCAAAUUUAUAUAAUAAGAGUAGGAAAAAAGCAGGUUCCUAGUAAAAUUUAGAGUCAACUAUUUGUUGAAAGUUCUAAUUGUGAUAAAGAAGAUAAGCUGGCAAAAAAUAGGGAAUCUGCAAGAAAUAGUAGAAAGAGAAAAAAGAUAUAUUUAGAACUGCUUGAAACAAAAGUCACUAAGUUAUCAGAAUAAUUAGAAACAUUUAAAAGAAUAAAUGAAUAAACAACAGAAUUAGCAACAAAUUUACAAAGCAAAAUAAAUCAGGUAUUAUGAAAUUUAUGUUAGAAAUAAGAUUAGGAUUAAAAUAAGAUAAUUUUAUUCUCUAAUUUACAAAACUCUGUUUAAAGCAAUAUUAAUGAGAUGAAUAUAGAUACAAUAAUAGAGUCUCUAAAUGUAUAAAUAAUAUAUAUAUAAGAAAAAAUUUGGACCAGGAGCAUAAGAAAGAUAAUAAUAGAUUGAUCAUUAUGCUAGAUAAAUUUAUGAGAAUUGUUUAUCACCAUAUUUAAAUUACAUAAUAGGUGUAGCUAAAACAGAUUAAGAUGUUUUCUCAACAUCAGAGUCUUAAUCUGAACAUGGUGUAUUAAGAGGUUUAAAAUUAACAGAUAAAUAAAAACUAAUACUUUAGAAAAAGUAAAAAAAAUUAUUGAGAUUUUAAAAUGAAUUAACAAAGUAUAUUAUAUUAAUCUAUUUAUAGUACUCUUUCAUCAUUUUAAGAUGUUAAAAAUUAAGUUUAACUUGAAUUAUGUGCUUAUGGAUAGACUCUAGAAUAGUUAAGAAAAGAAUUGAAACCAAGUUAAGUUGCAAAAUUUUUAUUGUAAAUAGAAAAAAAAGAUAUGUAACAUCAAUUCAAAGAUUAAUUUGAAAAAUGUUUUGGUUCAGAACUUGAUGAAGAUGAUUCCUUAGAUCUUUAUUAAUUCAUGGCUGAACAUAAUUAUUGUAAUACAAUUGGUAUUGAUAUACAAAAUACAUAUUAAAUUUACAAAUAGUCUAAUGAUUUCUUGAAAGGUAAAUUAGAAAUUGAGGAAUCCUAAUAAACAUCAACUAGAAUUGAGUGA